AUGGCCGAUUUCGAGAGGACAGUUCUGGAGUUUUACCAACUCCCAUCACCGUAUCCAUCCGAAUGGCCGGCUGAGAAGGAUGCCGAGGACGCGGCGACGGACCAGACGGAUGCUUGGGGCAGCAAUAAGCGAACGUCUCGGUACCAGGCUCUCGAGUCUGCCGUCAAUGAGCGGCGGAGUUUCCUAAACAAUUCCGAUGUAAAAGGAGGAAUGAAUAGCCUCGUACAGCGAGACGAGCCGGAUCCCCUCGGCUCCUCUGACAGUGUCGUUCGCAGCCUAAAGAAUCUCGGGCUUCCCGUGCAGGAUGAUAUUCGCCUUCCGCUAGGGAAUCGAUUCCUUCUCUCAUCGACGACAUUCUCACCGGCCCUAUUCCUCUCGCAGAUGCAUUCAGAUGGCGACACGCAAAGCCUGUUACAAGGACUGGAUGCCCUAUCUACCUCGAUCGAUCAAAAGUCGGCAUCGCUCAAGGUCCUUGUCGAAUCCAAUUUCGAGCGAUUCGUCAAGGCCAAAGCGACCAUCGAUAAUGUCUACAAGGAAAUGAAGUACCGUGGUGAAGAUCCGCAAAUGAAGACGCACUCACGACAUGCAAGCCGCAGCAGUUUUCGCAAUAGCGGUAGCAAGCUUGCCUUUAACAACCAAUUGGCUUUUCCUGUCUCUGACAACAGGAAGAAGAACGCCCUGACCAAGGAGAGUGAAUAUGGUGUUCUCGGCAUAAAGGUUCCACUACUGGACGUUUCUGCCAAAGCUGAAGAAGUCUGGGGUCCUGCGCUGGGCGGCCGCGAGAAGGAGGAGCAUCUCAAAGUUGUCUCGACUCACCUCUCAAAAUUCAAAGACUAUGUUGAUUUGAGCGGAACUGUCGCGGAUAGUAUUAAGCGCAAAGACUACGAAAGUCUAGUCGAAAGCUACAACCGCGCGAGAACAUUUGCCGAUCAGGCUCGCCACUUGGGUAAGCAGCUCAAAGGUGCCACGCCCGACGAUACACAGCUGUAUCAAAUUCUUCUCGCGGCUCGCAUGUGGCAUGAUGUUAAUCGGCAAGUGGAGUCCUUCAAGACCGACAUUUGGAAGAAGAUGUCUUCGUCUUCAUCUCAUUCAAAACCUAAUGCUGCGGCUGGCCGCGUGCAAGAUCAGCAUAUUGAGCUCAUAAGCCUGCUUUUGGAGCUUGGAGUCAAGGAAAGUCCCAUCUGGGUCUGGUUAAUAAGCCGCUAUGAUCACUUGAAGAGCAAGAUCCAAGUGACAGGUGACCGUCAAAAGACAGAGAUUGAAGUCUUGCGACGACGGUUAGCCGCUAGUGAGAAGCCAACCCCCAAGCAAGCAGGUAUGUACCUGAACGGCCUCGGCAGACAGGCGAUCGACCGCAGUCCUCCCGUCAAUGAUUCGGUUGAAGUUAUUGAACUUUGGGAGAAAAUGUACACAUUCCUGAGCAAUCUCAUUUCCUCGCAAGGUACCAUGGGUGAAAUUGUUGAGUUUUGGUCGCUUGCCCAAGGUUUUAUUGACGGCAGAACUCAGCGGACUCUACCAAUCGGCUACAACGGAGAGUCGCAGGUGCAUCACGAAUUGUCCAGCGAACGCGUCAGCCAACUAUCACAAGGCGCAAGAGAACUUGUCGAGCAAGUUAGAGAGCACAUAUACGCAUUCUUUGCUGGGCUUCCACCUGAGGAUAUAUCAAUUCUUCUAUCGCCGUUGACUCCAAAUCCAGGCUCGCCAGGUUCCAACACUGGUGGUAUUUCUGGUUCCCUCACACCAACUGCUCUACGGGACCCACGCUUCAACUUUGAUCCCAGCAACCCACCGCCUCCAUCUCCUAGUAGGGGGGAGCCGUGGGAGAAGCUCGCAUUCUGGCCGCCUUGGUCAAACUCGCUCAGCGGCGUGCAUUACUUGUCCAGAAUGCUUGCGCUAGUUGGAUCAGGAGCAUCUGAGAUGGCCACUAUUGCGCCUGUAGCCGCUGCCAAGGGGCCUAACCAAGAGCUGGAUAGACUGAAGCUUCUAAUCGGUGCCUCUCGAGAGCGAUGUGUCACUGCCCUCUGCGCGGCGUGGAAUCGUGAUGCCGAAAAUAUCAAGCAUGUGGAAGAUUGGCAGCGUUCUAGUGAAGCAGGCGACGUCACCAGAAUGCCGGCCAGCUUUGCCGCCUUUGAGGGGACUCUUCUCACCGGUAUGCAGAAGAUCCUCUAUAUUGCAGAUGCAACAACAGAGCAAGGCGCGCCCAGCAUUGUUCUGCCCCCGCCACCCAAGCUACUCCAGAUGGUCCGUAGCCAGUACGUUACAACGCUGUAUAAAGCUUUGAGCGGAAUGGUAGAGAAUGCAGAGCGGUCCCUGAAGAAGACUGACGACGAGGAUUGGUCGCAAGCCGCUACGGUAUAUACUAGCACCUCGUCGGUUGGCAAGAGUACACUGGAUGCGGGCGAUCGCAAUGUCAGAAUGCUCUUGACUCUCAGCAAUCUACAGGCUUUGCGCUCCCAAGUGGUUCCAAGCCUGAACUCACAGUUCGAAAAUGCAUUUUCUGUGAAGCUGACUGACGAGUCCAAGACCAUCAAGGAUGUGUUGGGCCAGAUUGACGCUCGCCUGUUCCAGUCCUACACUAAACAUUCCAUCGAAAAACUGCGCGACAUUAUCCAGACCGGCCUAGCAUCGCCAAACUGGGUACCCAAACCAAACCAGAGACCUAGCGCAGCCAAGCCUUACAUAUACGAAGCUCUGCUGACACUGGUUCUGGUGCACUCUCAGGUGUCUACGACAGCACCUUCCCUGACACCCCAAGUGUUGAGCUUCCUGCUGGAGCAGACGUCACUGCAGCUACUCGAGACGUUCCGCACGCGGCCCAAAUACACGCUCGAGGCGCUCAUGCAGGCGACACUCGACGUUGAGUUUGUGGCGCAAACCCUAAGCCACUACACCACAGACCGCGCCUCUGAGUUACAGAGUCAGAUAUACCAGGAGCUCGAUGGACGGACGGACAAUGACGCGCGUGCGCGCCUGCAGAGUGAGCUGCCCGAGAUGCGCAACGUGCUCAAGAAGCUGCGCGAAAACAGCAAAAACGAGUUUGCUUGUUUCAAGAAACCCAAGAGGGCUCCGGGGACCGCCGCUGCCACCGCGCCAGGCAAGCAAGACGGAUACAAUAGUGUAGGUAGCACGACGGCAGGCUAG